AUGCCUGGCACAAUUUUACCCUCGCUGCCCAGCAAUCAGCAGCGUUCAGCUCACCAUCUACCUCAUACUGGCAUUGCCGGUCAAUCAGAAGGCACCUUCGAUACCGCCAACCCCCCUUAUAUCCGCAAAUACCUCCGCACAUAUGGUCUCACGCCUCCUCGCGCAGAGAGCUACGAAACCCAGAAGACGAGAUGUCUGGCACAACUCGCUUUAAAGCAGACCGCAAUUGAUAAAUACCUCUAUCUGAGCACAAUCCGCAAAAAUAAUGUCCACCUGUUCUACCGUCUCAUCACGGAUCACAUUCGAGAAUUGACCCCUCUCAUCUACACCCCAGUUGUCGGCGAGGCAUGCCAGCGAUGGUCUGAGAUCUACCAACAGCCAGAAGGCAUGUACUUGAGCUACGAAGAUAAGGGCAAUAUCGCUGCUGUGAUAUCAAAUUGGCCGCAACCUACUGUCGAAAUCACUGUGAUCACCGAUGGCUCCCGCAUUCUUGGUCUCGGCGAUCUUGGCAUUAAUGGCAUGGGGAUCCCUAUUGGCAAGCUUGCUUUGUAUACCGCUUGUGCUGGUAUUCGUCCCGAGGCUACUCUUCCGUUGACCUUGGAUUUGGGUACAGGCAACAAAACUCUUCGUGAAGACCCCUUGUACUUGGGCAGUCGACGAGAUAAGGUGUCACCGGAGGAAGAGCAGGAGUUCCUCGACGAGCUUAUGGCAGCUCUUACCGAGCGUUGGCCUGGCAUCGUCAUUCAGUUUGAAGACUUCAAAAACCCAUUCCCUGCUCUUGAGCGGUACCGUCACAGAUAUACUUCUUUCAAUGAUGAUAUCCAAGGGACUGGGGCCGUCAUCCUGGGAGGAGUCAUGAACGCCGUAAAACGGUCUGGUGUUCCUCCCAAAGAUCAGCGUGCUGUAUUCUUGGGAGCUGGAAGUGCUGGUGUCGGUGUAGCUAAGCAAAUUGUUGACUACUUUGUUCGCGAAGGCUUGACUGAAGAUGAGGCCAAAGCUUGUUUUUAUCUGGUUGACACUAAGGGCCUUGUCACCGCGGACCGUGGAGACCGCCUUGCGGACCACAAAGUCUACUUUGCCCGCAAGGACAACAAUGGCCAGCAAUUCAAGACCUUGGAAGAGACUAUUGACCACGUGAAACCGACGAUGUUGAUGGGUCUUUCCACUCUAGGCGGUGUUUUUACGCCGGAAAUCUUGAAGAAGAUGGCUCAGUGGAAUGAACAGCCAAUUAUCUUCCCUCUGUCGAACCCUUCAUCACAAUCUGAAUGCGACCUGGAAGCAGCAAUCACACACACUGAUGGCCGGGCAUUGUUUGCUUCAGGUUCUCCAUUCCUUCCCGUUACGUUCACCAAUUCUGCGGGUGAAACCAAGAUCCACUACGGUGGUCAAGGUAACAACAUGUACGUGUUUCCUGGUAUUGGAUUAGGAACCAUUCUUUCCAAAUCUGUUGAGGUCACGGAUAGCAUGAUCUUCGCCUCUGGCGAAGCUCUCGCGCACUGUAUGACCUCGGAAGAACUCGCUCGGGGUCUGCUAUAUCCCGAUAUCACGAGAAUCCGGGACGUGAGCGUUGUUGUCGCACGACAUGUGAUCCGUGCGGCCCAGGAAGCCAAGGUUGAUCGGGAGACUGGCAUCCAUGGGCUGAGCGAUGCUGACCUGGAUGCCUGGAUCCGCACCCGCAUGUAUAGUCCUCACUCAGAGGUUGCUUCGCUUGAACGGGAAGUAGGCGCUCUACUGUCAUCCAUCGGGCGUCCAUUCCCAAACGGCAAUAGCUACUUUGCCAAUGGGCUAGAGGAGGACAAGCACGCUAAACUGUAA